AUGGUCUUCUUUAUUGUUCAACAUGGAAAUUGCCAAAGUAUUAACGUUGGUGCUGGUUUCGUUCAAAGAAAAGGCACCCAUUUUAUUCUAAAUGGUAAGCCACAUUAUGUAAACGGAUUCAAUGCCUAUUGGUUAAUGAUGAUGGCAUCUGACCCAUCUACAAGAUCCAAAGUCACUUCCACUUUUCAACAAGCUUCAAAACAUGGUUUAAAUUUAGGAAGAUCAAUUGCUUUUAAUGAUGGAGAUAUUAAACCCCUUCAAAUCUCUCCCGGUUCUUAUGACGAAAAUGUUUUUAGGGGAUUGGAUUUUGUGAUAUCGGAGGCAAGAAAAUAUGGAGUGAAACUUAUGCUAACCUUUGUGAAUAAUUGGAAAGCUCUUGGAGGCAAAAUGAAAUAUGUCCAAUGGGCAAGAGAACGUGGUCAAAAUAUCAUAGAUGAAGAUGGCUUUUUUAUAAACCCUAUUGUUAAACAAUACUACAAAAAUCACGUUAAGGCUGUGCUAACAAGAAAGAACACCAUAAAUGGACUUUUAUAUAAGAAUGACCCAACUAUAUUUUCAUGGGAGCUUAUGAAUGAACCUCGUUUCCCAAAUCACUCUAUUCAGAAUUGGGUUACUGAGAUGGCUGCAUAUGUGAAAUCCAUUGAUAGAAAUCAUUUGUUGAAUAUCGGAAAUGAAGGGUUCUAUGGUGAAACAGUACCGAUAAGGAAGCAGCUGAAUCCCGUUUCUAUUAAUCUUGGGACUGAUUUUAUUAAAAAUAAUCAAAUUCCUCAAAUCGAUUUUGCCACCUUUCAUGUAUACGAUGAUAGAUGGUUAGUAAACAAAACGGAGAGAGCCAAAAGUGUAUAUGUUGACAAAUGGAUAGUAGCUCAUCUUAAGGAUGCAGAUACUCUUUUAAGAAAGCCAAUUAUUUUAGCAGAGUUUGGGAAGUCUUCAAGAGAAUCACCGGGAUAUAACAUAGCUAAAAAGGAUAAUUACUUCAAGAAAAUAUACAAUGCUAUAUCUACAGGUGCUACUAGUGGAGGCUCGUGUGCAGGUGGGAUUUUCUGGCAACUUCUGUCUCCAGGAAUGGAUAGUUAUGGAGAUGGUUAUGAAGUUAUUUUGGAGAAUAGUCCUACAACUGCACAGAUCAUCAAAGAACAAUCUACUAAGAUGUCAAAUAUGAAAAAUAAAUCAUUGUAUUAG